GUAUGCGUAGACACCAGGAAUUUUUCGAUCAUUGAUUUUCUCCCCUUUCCAUUUUCAACAAGCUAAGUAUUUAAUGGAUACCCACGUUGAUUUCUUCGCAUUAUUGUCUCUCUCCAAAUAUCUCUGAUUUCUGACCUGAUUGGGGCGAUCGCAGCUCCGCCCUCUGCGAUCAUGUCGCCCGACCGCCCAAACCUAUGGCGAAUACUCUCCGACACCUCCUCCCUAAUCAACGCCCACUCCCUCCAUUUCACGGCGCUCUUAAUCCUCUUCCUCUUCCCCUCAUCCUUCGCCACCGUCGUCUAUUUCCUACUCUCCCUCCCCAAUAACCCACUCCAAACCCUCCAACCCAUCUUCUCCGCCGCGGACUACCAAAUUCCGGCCGUCGGAGCGUCUCACCUCCUCGUCUCCCUCAUCUCCCUCAUCUUCACCAUCUGCGCCACCGCUUCCAUCUCCAGCAGCACUUUCAACGCCUUCUACGGCCAACCUGUGGAGCUCGCCACCGCCCUAAAAUCCGCCCUCGUCAAGUUCCUCCCGCUCCUCGCUACCACUCUCGUCGUCCAGAUCGUAAUCGGAGUGAUCGUCUUCGUCUUCAUAGGGUUUCUGGCCAUCACCAGCAACGGGAUCGCCGAUUCGUACAAUCAAUACUAUCUGGCGAUUUGCAUCGCGGUGGCGCUGCUGUUUGUGGCGCUGCUGAUCUACUUGCAGAUCGAGUGGAGCCUGUCGAACGCGGUGGUGGUGCUGGAGUCGGAUUGGGGAUUCGCGGCGCUGAAGCGGAGCUCGUACCUGGUGAAAGGGGCGUGGGGGGUCAUGUUCUCGUUCAUGCUCUUCUUCAUGAUUUUGGCGGGUGUUUUUGUGAUUUGCUUUUUCAAAUAUGUGAUGAUUGAGUAUGGGAGCGGCGGCGAUGGCUGGAAUUGUUGGUUGGUUUGGAAGAUUGCUGCUUUUGCUGCUUUUUCCUCUGUAUUGUCGCUCUAUAGCGUGGCUGCUCUCACCGUUUUCUUCAUCUACUGCAAAGCUUCCCGCCAUGAGUUGCACUUUGAGAUUGAUGCCCCAAAUGGAAAGCUUGGUGAUGACUAUGCUCCCUUGCCUUACGAUGUUAUUGUGUGAAAUAAUUGAAGUAAGAAUCUACAGAUAUUGCUGGUUUUGUAUGUGUAAUUCUAGUAUAUCCUGAUAAUGUUUUGUCUAAAUUUGAAGUGAGAAUCUACAAUUCUUGCUUGUUUUGUAUGUUAUAUGUACGUUACUUGGAAUAAAAGUUUGUUUUGCUCU